UAUUUAACCCUACUUGCCGAGGGUCCGAAUCAGCUGAGCACAAUCUUUGAUCUCAGGUCUCCCCACUACACUUCUCUUUACCAAUUGCGUCUGCUAGACUUCACACGACCGCUUAACUCCAGUUAUCCCAAGUGGUUUGCACUUGUUUGGCAUCUUGGCUGCCAAAAGGUCGGUCAGUCUUCACUGUCUCUGCUGACUCGCAUAGAGACAGCAUUUAAGAUGUCUCGUCUCGAUUCGCCAGCCAAUCUGAACACUUCAACACGACCUUCCGUGGCAGAUCAUUUUCUGGACGAUAUGGUCGCCUCCUCCGCCGGUUGGUUCGUGGGCAGCUUUGAUUUGCGGCAACAUCUGAGUUCGUGCUACAGUUCGGCCGAAUUGACUAGAGCUUUGCACAAUCUCAAACCGCCUAUUUCUCGUAUUGGGAGUGGCUUGAUUCGGGCUCGAAAGGCUAUCAGUGCUGAACAGAAUCUUGAUAAUAGUUUUAAGAAGGCCUGGAGUUCCAUAGUCAAUUCUACACCUUCCAUCACAACGGAGGAUGGAGGGCUGUUUCCGGGCAUUUUUUCUGGAGAAUAUGAUCAAAAUGAAGGUUCCGGUUUCAGUUUGAUCUUACCGGAGGAUACACUUAUUGUGUAA